UCUUCUGGCUUCUGUACACCAAUUACGGCAAACACGCUGGUCGUUGGGCAUGUCUUCAUUUGUGAUUCUGCAUUCACGCUGUGUAAUUCACUCCCCACGUUUUGCCCUUUUCCCUUUUACUAACCUGCUCCCCACGGUUUUCUUCAACACUUAAUCUUCUCUGUUCUUCACGCUGUGGGAAUCAAAAGAAACGUUCUGUCUUCUGCAAUCACAAAGUUCUCUUUGCUUCACAGAGUUAACACUUAACAACAAUGAAUACAGGGGCUGUAGCUACAGAGAAAGGGGAUGAACCUGUUAUUUCUGAUUCCAAUGUUAAAUGGAAGGAUAAUAUUGAGGAUGAAGUGACUCAGGAAGAUAUAACUCCCUAUGUUGGCAUGGAGUUCGAUACGGAAGAUCAUGCAUAUAGAUUUUAUAACAUGUAUGCUGGAUUUGUUGGUUUCAGCGUUAGAAAAGAUUGGAGGAAUACAAGCAAAUUAGAUAAGGAGAUUGUGAUAUCUCGAAAAUAUGUUUGCUUUAAAGAAGGCUUUAAAAGGAUCAAAGAUGAUGAAGGAAAAAUUGCCCGCAAAGAGAUCAGAACGGGAUGUUUAGCACACAUGGUUAUUUGUCGAGCAUCAAGUGGAAAAUAUGUUGUUACAUCUUUGGGCUUUGGUGUAUGGGCGGCAUACUUUUUCAGCUGGUGCUACAACAACCCAACUAAGUGAGAGCUUCAAUGGUCGUUUGAGACUUUACAUGAAGUCCACUUUUAAUGUGCUUGAAUUUUUUCGGAACUUUGAAAGAUUGUUGGAGGACAUGCGAUAUAAGGAGAUAGAGUCCAACUAUGAGAUGAGCCAGAAAAUGCCAUCAUUGAAUAUGAAUAUCCUAUUACUGAAAAAUGCUAGAGAUGUCUUCACACCGGCGAUUUUCUCUUUAGUUCGUGCAGAAUAUGAAAAAUCUUGUAAUCUUGUUCUGAAAGUUUGCAACCAAUUCUUGGAUGUAUAUGAAUAUGAAGUGUGUCUAUUUGGGAUUACAAGGCCACACAAAUUUACUUUCAAUCCUAAAGAUCAAAGUGUUGACUGUAGUUGUCAACUUUUCCAGUUUAUUGGUAUCCUUUGCAGCCAUGCUCUUCGAAUACUUAAUCAUUUGAAUAUAAUUGUUAUUCCUGCAAAGUAUAUCCUCAAGAGGUGGACUAAGGAUGCACGAAGCGGGUGUGUUAUAGACAACAAGGGACAAGUUGUCAAAGAAGAUCCAAAAUUGAUCGUCUCAAAUCGCAAAAUGGAUUUGUGUCGUGUUGCAGUAGAAAUAUCAAGUAAAGCUGCUGAGUGUGAGGAUGCUUCAGCCUUCUUUGCAAGAAAAAUGGUGGAAGUUGGCAUUGGAGUUGAUGAUAUCUUAAGUAAAAGAUCUUCCACACCAAAUGCAGAAUUAGAUGAUUUGAAUGGGCAAACUAAUGAAGUAGAUGAACUGUAUGAAGCAAAGGGUAUAAAAAAGAAGGAUAAUGCAUCUCGGGUAAAAGGUAGGCCAAAGAGUUGCUUGGAGAAGAAAAAAAGAAGAAAAAGCACUUUUAAGUUAAGUCCAUUGCUAAAAAAAUACUCUUCCAGCAUACCAGAUCCAUCUGUUCAGAUAUAACUAGACAAUUGCUAGUCUUUUAAAUUUUGUCCAAGUUAAAAAUAUAUGCUGCAUUUUAUGAGUUAAAUUUGCUUUUGACUAUUGUGUAUGCAGAAUGUGCCAUUUUUACAUGAAGGUCUAGAUCCUACAUCACUUGAUAUUAAUAUGAUACAGGAAUUCAAUUCAGGUCUAGGUCCUACAUCACUUGAUAUUAAUAUGACACAGGAAUUCAAUUCACAGGAUACCUUCAUUCCCAGUCAAAGAGAAAAUGAACGUGGUCCUUCACUUCUUCUUUUACCGCGAUGGGAAGACAUUUGAGUGCAUGUUAAAAACAUUUGAGUGCUUGGUUCUGUUUUGUUUAAGUUUUAGAGAUUCAGUCAUUUGUUUCUGGUGUAGCACUGACAUGAAUGGCUUUCUAAUAUAUUUCUA